AUUAAAUAACGCUUAUUCUAAUUUUUAAGACUAUAGCCUUCAAUAUAGUCAGCAAUACUUGUAACAUUUCAAAUGAUUCUGAUUUCGCACAGUGAUCAGAACAGAAGACUUCUGUAUUGAAACACGCCCUGUCGAUGGUAAAUUUUAAGUGGUUAAAAUAUGGUGGUAAUGUGUGUAGAUGUACGGUUGUAAGCAAGCGAAAUUUCAGUAUAUUAGAAGAGAAGGUAGUUUUGUGUGUUGGUGGUGAUAAUUGUCUGCGGUAAUAAUUAAGGCGUUGUGUUGUGCUUUUGAAAUUUAAGACGUUGUUGAAGUGGCAUGCAGUCUCAAUAACCUCGAAGCGAUUCGAAGUGUUGGCAUAGUACACAGAACACGUUGUAAUAUUUACAACAAAACAUGUCGAAUGGAGCAACGCCGAAGAAGAUUAAGAAACUGGAAGUGGCUGGGGCAUCAGGAGACGCCGAUGAAAGUAGGGAUUACGAUGCCGAAACUCAGAAAGCUUUAGAAGAAAUAGAUGCUUGCCAAAAUGAAAUUGAUGCACUGAAUGAGAAAGCAAGCGAGGAAAUUCUAGUUGUCGAACAGAAAUAUAACAAACUAAGAAAACCCUACUUUGAUAAGAGGAAUGAUAUAAUCAAGAGGAUACCGAAUUUCUGGGUAACUGCUUUUGUAAAUCAUCCACAGAUAUCAGCUAUUCUUGAUGAGGAUGAAGAAGAUUGCCUACAUUACUUAACGAAAUUAGAAGUGGAGGAAUUUGAUGAUAUAAAGUCUGGGUACAGAAUCAAUUUUAAUUUUGAGGAAAACCCAUAUUUUGAGAAUGAUGUUCUAACAAAAGAAUUUCAUUUGGGAUCAUCUGGUGACCCAGCUUCUCAGAGCACAUCAGUUCGCUGGAAAGAAGGAAAUGAUUUAUCAAAAAAAAUUAAGGAUAAAAGUGGUGGAAAGGGAAGGAAGAGAUUCUUGGAGCAGAAGACACUCUUCAGUUGGUUAAGUGAUCAUGCAGAUCCAUCUGCAGAUGAUAUUGCAGAAGUUAUAAAGGAUGAUAUGUGGCCAAAUCCUCUACAGUACUAUCUUGUACCUGACAUUGAGGUAGAAAAUGGUGUAGAAGGGGAAGAUGAUGGUAGCGAGGAUGAAGACGAUGCAGAUCUCGCAGAAGUGGAGGAGGAGGAGGAGGACAUUGAGGGUGAAGAAGGUGGUGAUGACAAUUUGGCAGAAGAAGAUGAUGAAGAUGUUGCUGAACAGGAAGAUGAUGAAGGUGGGGAUGACUGAAGUGCAGAAACAAGAAGGCAUAAAGCAAAACCAGAAAGUUGAAUUUGUGAAAUGCUACAAAUGCUGAAGAAAAAUAUAGACUGUACAGUAUGAAUGCAACAUAACCAGUUAUCCUACAGUUGUGAUGGAAUGUUUCAGGGAAAGUAAUGUAACGUGAAGAGAUGGGAAUGGCAGUUUCAGAGUUAAAGUGAGCAGUUAAUAUUUCUAAGUAUUAUCUUCAUUCAACAUUGUAAACAUAGUCUGUCACUCAGCUGAGUAGAAGUUAGAUAACAAAAGUGGUAAAUGUAAGGUUAUGAGUAAGAAAAUUGUAAUAUGUUUUCUUUUCCUAGGUAAUGUUGAGUAAGACUGGAUUGCCAUCAUGGCAGUAACACAUUGGCAGCAUGAUUUUGAGUUUUUUUACCCAGUGACUCCUAUUUUUAUUGGUAUGUUUAAGGAUCUGUGAAGUUAAAUUUACUGAGCUCACCUUUCUCAUUCUGAAUGAUUACAUGUUUUGGUAGUUGGGUGAUGCCAGAUCUUUGAAGUAAUUAUUCAUGGAAUGUGUUGUAAAACAUUUACAACUUGAUUUCAUCUAGUGAACAGAAAUAUUUCUACAUGUUUUGGGAGUAUUAGGGACAGUGAAGAUGACCUAUCGCAUGUAGAAUUGUGUCACAUUUUGUGUUAGUUGUAUAUGUAUUAAUCAAUAGAUUAUAAUAGUCACCAGUUUUAAGGUAAUACUAUCUUAGAAUUUACUUGAAUGUUGAGGAAAAUACUAAUUAAAGACUUGGUUAUUGUUAAGGUGAUAGGUUAGAGUGUGGUUAAUCAGAUAAGAGCUUGUGUGUGUUGAAAGCGAGUCUUUCUUUAGACUUUUUCAGACUAAAGAUGUUUAAUUUUAAAUGUUCAACACAAUAGUUCUAGUGAGCCCUGUCAUUGGCAUACCAUAAAUGUAUAAAAUAUGAGAUCUGAAGUUUUCAUGGCAGUGAAGGUUUAUAUUGUAGUUCUUGGUGUUAUGACACAGGAAUAUUGGAGGUGGGUAGUGGGGUUCCUCUGAGAUGUUACCCACCUAUGAGACUAUAUGGUGUCAUAACCCAGAAGACUGCAGUAUGAGUUAUAAAUUGUAACAGAUUGUCAAGUUUGGCAUCACCUAGACUGAAAUGCUGUCCAUGAAGCGUCACAUGUUUUGUAUUUAAUAAAUGGAUUAUGUAUGGAAACAUGGAUCAUUUCUUAUUAGUAUAGUCUUAAAUAGCAGGUACAAGUUCCAAUAUUUGUAAUUUUUUUUAUAUCACUAUUACAUACAGAUUUUGUCCAUCAUGUGCAGUUGCACAUAUGUUGCAGGAUGUAUUGAUAUUGAAGUCACCAAAUUUCACCAUUGUUUUCUUGAAGCUUAAUGACUUAUUUUGUACAGAAUAACAAUGUUGUCAUCAAUAAAAGAUUUCAGUCUUUGUA